AGUGAGGACGUCGAAAGCAACACUUUCAUUCUACAUUCUUUCUACUAUUUACCAGAGGUUGUGGAUCUGCUGUUGCAGAGUAAAACUCGAAUCCAAGUAGAACAUACUGUAGUCUAGUCCUCGUCGUGCCCACAUACUUUCCAGUGCUCUCUCGUGCCCACAUACUUUCUAAUACUCGCCAAUUGUCGUAAUCGUAAAAACAAGAAGAACCAUUACGAUAAGUAGACCAAUUCACAAACAAAAUGCCGUCCAUCAAAGUCUCCGAGGCAAUCCGUGCUGCCGAAAAAGGUAUGGACUCAGAGUUUGACUCUGCGUGGCGCUACAAUAAUUUUACGACCGAAGAAAAGUGUGAAAUCGCAGUCAAAGCAGCGGAGACCGGCAAUGCGCAUGCUUUCAAUUAAGGAUUUUCGAUCUACACCCUUCACUGCCAUCCUUGGCUCUUGUCCCAUUAGAAAAGAAGCCAGUGGGCACGUUCUGAGGAGUGUACUAGUAGUUCCGCAACCUCUAACUCGAGGAAGCUUGGCGUUACAACAAUUUCUCUACUACGGAGAAGUUCCGCAUCUGUGAGGCCGCAACAGGAAGUGGUAACAAGGAGAUCUUUGAUGAAUGUUGGCGCUACAAUAAUUUCGGAACCGCGCAAAAGUUCAAGAUUUGCGAGGCAGCAGCUUUAUGAAAGAACAGACAAAUGAUCCGAAGGAUGACGGAGUGGUCCACUAAGACGAGGGUAACCAGUUCAAGCUUUGUAUGCUCGGAUGCAAUCCUAUUGGUAACUCCACUCUUCAAAUCAAAAGAGAUGCCGAUACUCGGCACUUUAUUUGAACUAAGUUGGAAAUGGUUGGACUUGGAGACUCCAGGUGCUUGGUGCUCACUGCUCAGGGGCUUCCGUUUUACACAUUGUUCACAGAUAACAAGUAGGAUGUCUCUACUCCUGACUAGUAAUUACUUGUUCCUAUUAUAGAAGACCAGUAAAAUAACUACUUGCUCCUAUUAAGUUAGACCUGAAAGUUUCUAAUACCCUGGAGCGGCAGCCAAGGGAUUUUUGCUGAGGCGUGGCGUUACAACAACUUUUCCACAGAGCAAAAAUUUGAGAUUGCCAAAGCCUCCCCUCCUGGACACAACGAGAACAUUUUCGACGAUGUUUGGCGUUACAUUAUGGCCCCACAGACAUAUUUUUACUAUUUACUAUGAAGACUACGCAUAGGAAUACUGACUUUGAAAAGUGCUAGGUGUAGGUAAAUCUCAUACAUUAUUAUGAAGUAGUAGAUAUGAUAACUUCUUGCCUGACUUUUCUUUUUUCGGUUUUUGUUUUUUCUAGCGAGGUAUGCUCCACCAACAUUAUUAUGCAGACUACUUCUGAAAGAAUUGUUCCUCAUAUAAUUACUUUACAUCAAGUCGAAGUCAAGAACUAUAAAAUCUAUUGAUUGCUUCCGUUAUUUCACAGGCGCAUCAAUAAGAAACUUCCCAGGCUGACUUCUUGAGUUCUGUACUAGCUGUGAGUCAUGUAGACUUCUACUUAGACUUCUUUUUUGUUUUUCCUCCUUCUUUCAUAUCAAACAACUUUUCCACAGAGCAGAAGUUUGAGAUCGCGAAGAACGCAGCCUGGCAUCGGCAGAUGAAAAUGUUCGAAGCCUGCUACCGCUACAACAACUUUUCGACCCAGCAACGAGAGGAGCUGAAAAAGAACUCCAGAUCCGACGAAAUUUCGAGAUUGCUUCGCUAAAUGUUCUUGAAGAUGGCCCAAGAGCUGGUGCGCAGAGCUCGUCUUCUAUGUACACCAUUUAGAGUACUAGUUCGACGUUGUUGAUCCGACUGAUACUGAAGAAGGAAUGAACAAGAAGGGCAAGAAGGCAGUAAUGUGAACGAGGACAGCCGAUUCUUCAUCUUGUUGAAGAUGUUGCUCUGUACUUUUGUAAAUUAAUCGGAAUGUAUCAUCUAUGACGCCCUUGUGGCAGUCUGCACUGAACUUUGUGCGAGAUAAAUUGUAUUGUAUUGCUCCUUCAGAAAGAUGAUCGAUGGUGUUGUAGCGCAGAUGUUGGUUUUCUCCAUCUCGAAAAUUGCGUUUUUCGAGCUCGUCUACUUCCAGUCUUGUUUCAUCCACAGGGUUGUGGAGAAAAAAGACAGAGAAUAUAUCUCGGUGGAAACACUUUGAAUAUUAGAGCAGAGGCAGUGCAUCAACAUCAAGGGAUUGAAAUUCAAACCAAGACCACGACCUACCCCUACGGGGAAGGAUAUAAACGUACGCACCUAGCGUCCUACAAGGAGGUUAAUGUACUCCACCUGCCGCCAGUUUGCGAACUGGAUAACACUGAGGCCACUGCUCUUUCGGCGGUCUUGG